AUGUCAGAAUGCGAGUACGCAGAAUUUCAGGACGACGGUGGCACCGACCUCGAGAAACCAUCAAACCCCCCUCUCUGCACUCAUAACACUUGCGAUACCAUGGUUACCAUGACCACCAAAUUGUCUGACAGGAUGUUCAGCCUCGAGUCAAGAUUCAGCAAGCUUGAGAGUGUGCAAGCCAGCCAAGCCCAGCAGAUCGCCCAUCUAAAGCUCCUAUCGGAGAUUUUCAGCCUCAAAGUCUUGGUGGCCAAUCUUAUAACCGACCGGACCACGAACAUGCAGAGCCUUCAGAGGCAGCAUCAUGGAAUAGGCGAAUAA